UUGCAGCUCAACGGCAAAUUCUCUAUAUAUGUAUCUCUGUCUGUGUGCGUGGACAAGGAAGCUCGUGUUUGAAGCGCUUUUUAUGGCAGAGUCAUGAAGCUGUCGUUGCCUUGCGCCUGAUUAUCAGCCCACAGCCAACAAGCCAGCAGCAAUCCCUUGAAGCCCUUAGCCAACAACAUGUUCAGUCUGUUGAGCAGCUCCCAAAUCUAUGGCCUGCCCCAAACGACAACAACUACAACAACAACGGAGCAAACAACAUCCCCGGAUGACAGCAGUGGCCAAAAGAAGAGCAACAGUCUGCCCCAUAAGAAUCACAAGCCUCAGCAGUCAGCAGCCGCUCAUCGCCGUUCGACGAGCAGCCUCAGCGAUACGGGCGGCAAAUUCUUUGCCAAUCUAAGCUCCAAGUCGCCCAGCCAAUUCAUCGAGAAGUUCAUACGCAGUGAAUUGCUCAACGGCUACGAUACGUUAAAGUGUCAGGCUGGUGGCGGCAAGAGUCUAGCUGAUAAGGAUAAAUCAUCGGCAGAGAGCAGCCCGCUCUAUAGUAAUCUGCAAGCGGAUUGGGGCAGCUUCAAUUGCCUGCAGGGCAGCUAUCGCAGCCACGGCGACGGCGAGUUCUAUGAGGCGGUACAGACCAAGACACCCAGUCCCACCACCACAACCACCACCAACAACAACAACAGCGAAGUGAAUAUGCGUUCGAAGGCUCCAACAGGCGCGGCAACGCUGCAGCAUUAUCAGAAGCUCCCGGAGCCCAGUCUGGAGUCGCAUUACAAUACCCAGGCAGCUGGACACACGCCUGCCUACAAGAAACUCGGAUUCGGUUCAAGACUGCAGAAACAGAGUGCAGAGCAUAACUCGGACAACUCGCAAUCCUCGAGAAACACACAUGGCGGCGGCAGCACUAGCAGCAGCGAAGUGCAACGCAGCUCCUCGGGCUCCAGUUCGUCAGGUGCUCCAACCUCGGCCUCGGCAGCGGCGGCCAAUUCACCCGAGCGUCUGCAGCGCCGGCGUCUAUUGCAAAUGAUCUCCAACUACGAUCAGCAGAACAAGCAGCUGCAUCGUGAACUGGCCAAGGAGAAGCGCCGACGCACUGAGGAGCUAGCCUGCGUUGUCAAAUCCCUGAUCUGCUUCGAGUCGAAGCUAAAGAACGACAUGAAGACAGUCAAUAUGCGUCUAUCGGAACGAGAUGCCGAAAUUUGCCGCCUAUUGCGACAGAAUCGUGCGCUGCGCAAGCGUCUGGCCGACUAUCAGCGGGACGAGGGCAUGGUCGCCGACCAGGAGACAAACGCUGAUGAGGAGGCGCAUGUGGAGGAGUGCCUGGUGCUCGAGGCUUUGCAAUGCAACAAUUGCCGCAAGCAAUUCUAUGACAUUGAGCUGAGAGCCAGCGCCACACAGACUUGCAGCAAGGAAUUGGGCGUCAGCGCCAAAGCUGAGCACGGCUCUUCCAGCGAUGACACAGUCUCAUCGUCGUUUUAUGGCGCCAGGCGCAGUGUGCGCUACACAAGCAAGCGCACAGCGGGCACGUUUCGGGACUAUAUGCGCUCCCGGGCAAUGCACAUCGAUGAUGCAGCACUGGAGCAACAGUCGGAAGAGAAUACGAGCAGCAUUAGUCGCGAGGAUUCGCAGACGAGCUACGAGCAGCUGCACAACUAUGCGCGGGCGAUGGAGCGCAUGCAUGGAGUGAAGUCAACGCUACAGGAUGGCGAUUACUCCGAGCACAGCAGUCUGGAGCUGGAGCAGCAGCAGCAGCAACGGCGACGCAACAGCUCGGCCUCCAGUCGCAGCAGCAAGACCGCCUCAUCGGUGGCCGCCCAGUUGGAGGAGGAUGAUGGCAUCUUUUCGCCCACACAGGACGACGAAGAUUUCGAUGAGCUCGAUCCGGAGCAGGAGCAACAGCUAAUGUCUCGCGGCGCUAUCAAAAUCGUGCAGCGACGCUGUGCCGACUUCUCAGAGGCGUCGCCCAAGCAAAUCUACGAGACGACCACAGAUGAUUGGUAUGCCAGUGCCUCGGACCAGGAGGAGCUGAGCACAGCGCCCGUGGUGGCCAAGCCAUAUGGCCAUGGCGCUGUCAAUCCCGUGCUCGAGUGCGUCAAUCAGAUACUGCUGCAACAGUCCAUGGAGGAGACGCUGCGCGAGCCAAGCACGCCCAAGUCUGCGCUGGCGCCCAAGACGGGCUCCAAUCUGCCGCGUCGCAGCUCGCUGAGCGGCCGCAGCGGCACGAAUGGACGCAAGCGGGUGCACUUCUCCACAAAGAACAGCAUGGUGCAUGUGCCGCGCCAUGACGACGAGGAGGAGCCACAUAAUGCCAACGAAUUGAUCUCACACUAUCAUCCCAUGGCAGAAACCGCUGCAGCCGCCGCCACCGCCGCCGGCUCCGUUGUGCCCGGCGACACCCUCAACUACGAGAGCAUCUACAGCAACGAGUAUGAGCCAAUCGGCUCGGAGCGUGCCUCCAAUCUGUAUGUGGACAUGGCAGCCGCGACGUCAGAUGCCAGUGCUGGCAGCACCAAGACGCCGCAGAAAUUGCCGCCGGCCUUGCCGCCCAAGCCGGCGAAUUUGCUCAAGUUCAAGAAGUCGCUGCAGCAGCUCGAGGAGCACCUGGACGAAGAUGAGGGCGAUUGUGCGGUAUCCACGACAACGACAAGCGAACCGGACUACUGUUCCAUAGCCGAGGUGGGCGUGACGAGCGUACAAAUCGUUGCCGACAUUCACAAUGUACCAGAAUCGAGUACGCCCACAGAGCCCGAAGCGGAACGUGAAAGGGAACGGCCAUGUGAACAGGAACGGCAACGGAACAACUGUUCCGAUGAUGAUGAUGAUGAUGAUGCCUGCUCAGCGGCCGCCUCGCACAAGACUGAGGAAAUCGAAGAGAUUUUCGCCGACAUACCAAAGCUACCCAAUGUGGCGGCCAUUAUAGCGCCCAAGCAAUCCGCCGACUAUAUGCUAAUGGCGCCCAAGACGCUGCGCCUCCAGCUGCCGCUCAGCAGCAACAGCAAUACCCAGACGAUGCCCGCCCAGUACAAGCGCAAGCAUGUGCCCAAUAUUCUGGCCGAGAUCAACAAACGCAUGAGUUUGCCCAAUUCGCCAACCACGCCUACAACGCCCAAAAGUUUGCCUACAACGCCGACAUCAAAGUCGCUGCUGCAGCUGGCCGAUGCCAGCAGCGGGCUGCCACUCCAGGCCGAAUUCGAUUGGUAUAAUCUGGAUGCGGAGUACGAUAGAAGCAACGAAGCCACGGCGAAGGGAGCACAGAGCGAGGGCAUGCUGGCGGAGAUCAGUGAGGGCAACGAGUGCCUGAUCUCAACGGCUGAUGAAUACAAUCUGGAUGAGGAGUUUCAGCUGCAGACCGAACAGGAGGAUCAUGAGCAGCAAAUGAUGCAGCAGGAUGAGGAGCACGUGGAGGAGAAGCAGGUGAACCAGCCAAUAACUAAACCGGAGCCCGCCAAGCUCAAGCAGAUGAAGAAGAAUCUGGCCAGCUUUGAGAAAUUCAUUGAGGGUUCCGGACUGAGCACCAAACCCUUGCCGAGCAAACGAAAGAUUUACUUUAAUGCGCCGUUCGUUUAGAUCCAGCCAGUUCCCUAGAUAAGCCAAUGCACAUACAUAUGUGUAUAUGUAUGUGUGUAUAGGUAUAUCAACCAAUACUAUUUUAUGUUUACAACGAAUUUAAGUAUAAUAUAUUGUGUGCUUAGUUUUUUUUAUGUGUUCCGUCUUUUUGUUUAGUUCUUAAGUUGGCAAAGUAUUAAA